ACUGGAACUUGUAGAAUGAAGACUGGAACUAGUAGAAUGAAGACUGGAACUAGAAGAAUGAAGACUGGAACUAGUAGAAUGAAGAAUGGAACUAGUAGAAUGAAGACUGGAACUAGAAGAAUGAACUGGAACUUGAAGAAUAAACUGGAACUAGAAGAAUAA